AUGCAGGACCUCUUCCUGACCACUUUCGUGAGGGGCGGCGACGACUUUGAGCGAGCCUGCGCGGUCCUCCAGGCCGUAGCCAACAUGAGCGGAUGGCACAGCCUGCACCGCGUCGUCUUCUACAGCGGCCCGCUGCCGCCCAGGGGCUUCCCCAACUCGCGAUCCGCCCAGCCCGUGAACCAGGCGCCCGGCGCCAAGCCGUCGCCGCAGCAGCUGCAGCAGACGGCCGCGCUCUGGGCCUCGCUGAACCAGGCCCUGACCAAGACGUCGUACAUCAUGCAGGCGCGCUACGAGGUUUUCAAGGAUCGAGAUUUUGUCGGAGUGUUGAAUGAAGCUGAUGCCUCGGCGGCGGAUGGUGAAGCUGAGCUUAACAGGUCUACUGGGACUCUGCGAUGGACUGAUCUACCCAUCAAACAACCCGAUAACAACCCCGUCACCCAACGCAAGAGGAUCGAUAUCACAGAUCACAAGAACCUGAUCGCAGUCCUCAAAGACAACAACCACACAUACAAGAGUGAGGCGAUCGAGGAGUCUGUCAGCUAUUACAUCGACAGCGUGGAAAUCACCCUCGUCCGGCAUUACAAGCUUCCCGACUCAACGCAGCCCCUCACCAGUCUUCCAACGUGGCCGUCCCUGCAGCUGGUCGACCCCGCGGGCACCUGGAUGCUGUUCCUCCGGAUCACAGUGCAUGAGGAAAACUCGUAUGACAAGAUCAAGGAGGCCCAAGAGGAGCUGCAGCGAGUCCGGGAUCAGCUCGGAGGCGUCUUCGAAUUCAAAGUGUACGAUAGGAGGGUUCACGACACUCGGAUCAUUCAGCAGGCCAGUAACAUGCCGGCGCCGCUUCCACAAAUACAGAGAGCUAGGGGUUGA